GCGUCCCACUGACUUGGACUCUAUCUACAUAUUCUUACGUCCAUGAUCCUGUUCGAUCCAAAACACGUGAUUUUUUCGAAGAAAAACACUUGUAAUAAAUGGAAGGAGAUGAUCCACCUAUUGUUAUGCGACUUGCCAUUCAUCGAACUGAUGUAAAUAUCCAUGCUGGAGCAGUAGGAGGUCCUCAACAAACAUUUUAUACACCAGGACAAGAAAUUGCAAGUCAAUCUGAUUUUCUUAGAGGUCAUGGAACUUAUGUCGAUAAAGACGAUAAAUUGAGAGCUUCUGUAGCUGGUAUUUUGGAAAAAGUGAAUAAAUUAAUUACAAUAAGACCUCUUAAGUCAAGAUAUAAAGGAGAAAUUGGAGAUGUUGUUGUUGGACGAAUUACAGAAGUUCAGCAAAAAAGAUGGAAAGUUGAUACCAAUUCUAAGUUGGAUUCAGUACUUUUACUUUCUAGUGUAAACUUACCAGGUGGAGAAUUGAGAAGAAGAUCAGCUGAGGAUGAGCAAACAAUGCGUCGCUACUUGCAAGAAAAUGAUGUCAUUUGCGCAGAAGUACAGAGUACUUUUGCUGAUGGGUCCUUGUCAUUACACACAAGAGUUUUAAAAUAUGGCAAAUUGUCGCAAGGAAUUAUGCUUAAAGUUCCGCAUGCUUUAAUUAAACGGAAAAAGACUCAUUUUCAUAAUUUAUCCAAUGUAGCAAGCCUUAUAUUAGGGAAUAAUGGAUACAUAUGGAUCGGUGCUUGCACACUAGAUACAGACCGUUCAGAAGGUGGCUUUACUCAAGAUUUGUCCCGUGUGGAUUUGGAAGAUAGACAAGUAUGUGCACGAUUGCGUAACUGCAUUUUGAUCUUGGUUCAGUCAAACGUACUUCUAACAGAUACAUCAGUGACAUAUGCAUAUGAAGAAUCAAUGAAAUAUAAAGUGAAUGAACUUUUACAUCCCGAAGUUAUGGUUGAUGUAGCAUUAAUGGCACAUCAGAGAUUAUGUCAAUAGUAUUAAGUGAUC